AUGAAAAGGUGCCUCUGUCCAGCUCGUCUGCUGUGUCUGUAUGCCAGCGCUUCCUUUCGCGCCUCCUCGUCGCUUGUUUGUCCUCGUGUACUUGGGGUCUCGCUGCGCACAGGGCUCCGGACCUGGAGACCCUUUCUGGGACGCCAGUACUCGUCUCGUCUCUCGUUCGACCGUCGCUUACUCGAAGACUAUGCCUCGCCGGAGAUGAAGAGAUGCCCGGUUCCGGGGCAGGAGCAGAAGAAUCCGGAUGUCUGGGUGCUACGGCUGGAACAGUACCUGCCGUCGUCUUUACGACACCGAGACCCUGCGGACACCGACACCGACCCUGCUUCAUCAACGCCAACGACACAGGGGACAGUUGCGCAAACCAUUGAGUUGAACAAUUUGCUCUUCCAUGCACGGGUGUCGGGGAAUCUGGACCUUCUGGCCCAUCUCGGAUUCCGGCUGAACAAUUGGGCUGCGGUGGAUCAUCUGAUGGACCGUCUGCUCAAUACGGUCGACGCGCUCGAUGAGGUCUCGGUGUUCCGUCAUCCCUUCUCGAAUGACAGCUGGGGUCAUGGGUCCGAUGUUUCGCUAGAUCAGCUCACCGAUCAAGACGUGGACUCCUUUUCUCCGCAGCCCCGUCCGAGAUCCGACUCGCCGUCGGUCUCGGAACUGACAACACUGGAUUCGCUCACAGAGAGACCGUUUGCGGAUGACCACUCAAAACGGUUGAUGGCGGAGGUGUGGCAGAGCCUGGGUUCGAUUGUGCUUGAUGCGAGCGAAGCAUCGCCCAAUGAGUCGAAGGUGGCCAUGUCAUAUGUCUUUCGGAUCCUUGCCCGUCUCCAUCAUUCGGGCGCUGUAUCGGAUCGGGUGUACAAAUAUAUUCCUCCGGCCAUGCACCAGACCUCGUUCCGGCCCCCGGGAAUGCACCUCCUCUCGACACAUAUCAUGAAUGUCCUGUCGGAUGCCGCGUGGCUGAUGCACGAGGCAGAGGUGGCAGCUCGGGCUGCUGCAGCGGGUGAGGAUUCUCCGUUUCUUCCCUUCAAGAUGGGGAUCCGGGAACUUGGCCCGGAAGUUUGGUUGGAGUUUAUUCUCUGGUGCUGUGUGGAGCAUGGACACAUCCAGGAAGGCGCAUGGCUUGUUCAUCAAAUCCAGAGUCGCACCGGUGACCAGGCAUGGAAAUUUCAAAGCUGGGGGCCCCUUCUUCAGCAUCCCGGGACCGUCUGGGAGACCAACAUCGACCUGGAAGAAUCCUGGCGCCAUCCCGCCAGCGAAGAUCUUACUCCCUCGCGGCGCAAACGCGCCAAUCCCGCUCCCUUCAAUGGGCUAGGGAAGCGAACCAUCAGCCUCGAGGUCGCCGCAUCAUUGCUGGAUAAUCUUCCGAAUCUGAUAUAUCUAGGCCUGGGCUACAGGGGCGUAUCAACCACCGCGCUCCUGCGCCAAGUCCCUUCCCUUCGAUUCGCAAUAACCCCGUCCAUGACCGGUGAACAACUGCUACCCACCACCAAGGAAGCUCUGGGCUUCACCGUCCGUGCCCUCGAAUCCAGAGGCUUCAACCCGGAGGCUGACCCGCAAGCCUUUGAGGGGCUUCUGCGAGCCACUCCUCAUGUGGUACCACCUUGGGAUGCCGACCCUAGCUGUCUGAGUGAAGAGGAUAUGGAGCAAUUACGCCCAUCGCAGAUCUACAAUGAAAGCUGGGCCUUGGCCGGCUUGAUUGAAUACAACAUCCGAUCUUACUCGUCCAAGCGCAUGUGUGGUGAUGCCGUCAACGCAUUCGAAUGGCUCCAGGAAGUGGUAGAUAGCAGUAAGAUGCGACGCAUUGGCGAGUUUUUCUCCUCGCGCUCCAGCUUGCCCGAUAUACAACACCUCCCUACCCUGGAUGCCGGCAGUCUCGCUUCGCUCCACCCCUUCGAGGCCUCGAUGCCACAGUUGUCAACCGUCACUCUGGCGCAGCUCCUUGACCUGGUAACUGUGUCGCGCGCGUUUGCCUUCGGCGAGUGGCUCUUGUUUUCUGAUGACAUCGAUGGACCCGCAGUCUCUCGAAGCGCGUAUGGAAAUCAGGCCCUCGCGCCCUCGAUUAUCCGGUUUGCCGCUGCCACCAAGAACAGUGCGCUGUGCGAAUCCGUCGUGCAAUCUCUCGCGCAGCCCCUGUCGGUGAAUACGCUACGGGCCCUGCUCAACUUCCGCAUCGCAAUGGGCCAGUGGGGCCGCGUGGUACUGAUGCUGGAAUACCUCCGCGACUACCGAUUGAAAUCCUGGGGCCAUAGCAAUGUAACGACACUGGCCGCCGAGAUCAUCAGAAUGGAUCACGCCCUCCAACAGCCCCAGCAGGAUCCAGCCGCAGCAGAACGUCAGGAGCAGAGCCUCGCCCAAGCCAAGGCUAUUCUCCUACGCAUCCUUGGUGGCGAAUUCAACGAGUCCCACGUUCAGACCGACACCACCUUCCAGGCACGAUCACUCUAUGGCCUGCGUCGGAUUUUCCUCUCCAUCCCGGGGGCUCUACGUGACAUCGCCGCCACUGCCAACGUCCUCUACGCCGCGACCACCCGAACCACCGUGCCCUACAUUCCCGCCACAGCCUUCCACACCCUCCUUUCAGCCGUCGUGGACACGCAGGGCAGCGCAGCCGGUAAACGCCUCUGGAACCAAUGGUGUCUGGACAUCAAAGCGCCCGCCCACCGACGUCUACAAGAAGGCGGGAUCUCCCGUCUCUAUCUAAACCAGGAGCGCAACCCAGCCAAAGGCGACCCGCACUUCGAUGCCGUCUACUUCAAGCAGGUUCGCAAAAAGGCCAUCCAGCCCAACCUCAACACCGUCCGGAUUAUCGCCCAGGCUGCCGUUUCCGAAUACAACGACCACGAAUCCCACCACGCUUCUUCUUCCUCCACCUCCCUGGACAACCCCGCCACCGGCACCCUGGAAUUCUGCAUCCAACGAUUCGAAGCGUUCGGACUCCGUCGUCGAGAAAUCAAUCGCGAAGUAGGCGGUCAUUUCUAUCGAAAGAGGAGAGAAGCCCAGAAGAGGAAGAAACAGCAGGAACAAAAGGACGGGGUAUAA